CAGAGCUGCGUGUCUGCUUUUAAUCAAAACCAAACGGGCAGAUCAGUUCCCAGCCCGAGAGAUACUCGGGAGCGACUCGGAGGAAGUUUCUUCUCUGUGAGAAGAAGAAGAAAAAGAAGAAGAAGAAGAAGAAAGGAAAAAAAAGAUGAACGGAUGAGACGGAAAGAAAAGGCAGAGCCGAGAGCCAGGGAAGUGAAAGAUGUGGGCUGUCCCAGAGACAGGAAUCGCACGGCUUGUCAGGCUGCUCCUACAAGCGUUCAGAGUCAGCAGAACCUUAACGUGAUCAAGAUGGAGACCGUCUUCUGGCUUUUACCGUACCGGAUUUGUGUGGCUCUGGGGGCUAUUCAGGAAAGGUAACGACAGGAAUUUUCAAAAAAAAAAAAAAAAAAAAACUGAACACGUUUAACUUGGAUUGGGAAUAAUAUACAGGAAGGAUUCAGGUUUACGCAGUGCGUUUUGUUUGAUGGGGUCCUCUUUUAAAGUGUGGACUGUUACAGAAAUUAAACGGCACAUCAUUCAUUUUUAGGGACUUCCUCAGGAAUUCUCUCACCUUUUUUAAGUUCUGGUUUUGUUCAUAACUGUGAGCUUUUAACUGACAUUUUCUUACGUCCCGAGAAACUGCAGCGUGUCAUGUGUUCUGCUAAAUUAUUUUUAUUAUUCUUUUUUUAAUGUUUCCAUGUUAUGCACCACGUGUUGAAGACUUGUAAAGAAACUCGAGACUCAUUUAUUCCGCCGUGGAUCCUGGUUCUGUGGUGUCCUUUGUGUCACUCAAACACGAGCAAGCAGUUCUAAAACAGGAAACAGCAGCGGGCAGGCCGGCCGGACCUGGUCCCUGUCAAACAAACCUCUGGACUGGGGACCUGCAGCGAGGAGUAUUGACAGUAACUCAAACAACCGAGUCUCCCUCGGGCAGCUGGGACGCGAGGGUUUACUUUCACACAGGAGAAGGACAGACAGGGAGAGCUCUGCCAUAUCACCAGCACCCUGGAGAAAGAAAUGAACCUCAAACUUUUCAAUGCUCCAGACUAACACAGUACUAACUCAAUAACUCAACCAUAUCUCCCCCAUUGAGUCUUGUUCUGAGGUGCUGUUCCACUGGAAAUGAAAUUUUAUUUUUGUUUUCCUGUAAAGAAGCCGACGUCAGGAAUAGAAGCCCCAGCCGCCCCGCUUUGACCGGAUCUCACCAAAACUUUACGGCACACGCCGACCCAUGAGUCACCCGAGACGCCAUGCCUGUUGCCGUGCGGAGAAAAAGCUGGGAGGAGCACGUGACCCACAGGACCGGGUUACAGUACAGCUUCGACGACCUGGACGUGCUCUGUUGCCACGGGAACGCGCACAAUGGCUGCCGGCCGGGUUCGGACGCGUCCGGGACGGGCCGCAGGGAGAGGUGCGCCUCCCUGCCGGAGUGUUGCCGCGAGCUACGGCCCGGCCGGCUCUCGUUCGCGCGCACGCGGCUGCGUUCGGCGGACGCGGACGAUGACGAGCGCGACGCCCGUCCAGACGGGGGCGACUUCGCGCCCGUCGAGGGCAGCACGGAAACGCUGGUCUUCGAGCCCGACGACGACGACUCCGCCGACAGAUCCAGCGACUCCGGCUCCACCGAGCCCGAGCGGACCGGGCCUUCAGAGACCAGGGCCUCUGGUAAGUAUACGCCCCCCGCCGAGGCUCCAGGGGACGGGGCGGAUGCCGGAGAUAGCGACGGCGACCCUGAGGACGGAUCGGAGGGGAGCGACCAAACGGCGAGGUCAGCGUGCGAGGAGGGUCCCUCGCCAGCCACGGGCUCUGACAAACACAGCAGCGGCGAGGCUGCCGCCCCUCCCGAUUUUGUCGACCCCCCACAGGAGAGCGCUGCUAAAAGCCUUGACCCGUCUCCUAGCGACGCGGCUGACGCACGGGCCGCCGGGACGUUAGGCAACGUUUCAAACGAUGAUGCAAUCCUGAGCGAGGCCGGCGGCGGCCAUCUUGAGGCCUCGCCGCCUGUCAAAACCAAACCGUCAUCCGGCGGAGUCGAAGCGACCGGGACAACAGCAACGAAGCCCCGUAACGACACAGUCGCUGAGAGUGAUGUCAUCAGGGACGUGCCGCUUUCGGAAGCCACGCAUGUCCCAGAAUGCAACGGCGGAAAUUCAAAUGCCAGCGUGACCAGCGAGGAUCCAAGUUCUGACAUAAUCGAUGGCCGAACAUCAGAGUUCGACAAAUCGGCACUCAGAGUGGAUACGGUACAUGAAGUGCCUUGUUAUGAUGAAGCAGGCUGCCAAGGCUAUUGGGAGAAUCCACCAAAGCUAUCAGAAGAAGAUGCCAACGCGACCUCAAAUGUGGAUAUAAUUGGUGAGGUUCCCCACUCAGGGAGAAGCCCUAGUGAAGCAGGGGAGGCUCAAACGGAAGCCAAGCUGAACACUCAUAAGGAUGAAGACAGCGUCGUUAAGUUACGCAAAAGAAAGGGCUCAAAGGAAGAGAGGGAGCGAUCGCACUUAGACUCUAUGGUGCUGCUGAUCAUGAAACUGGACCAACUGGACCAGGACAUUGAGGACGCCUUGACCGCCUCCUCCUCCAUAUCCAGCACGCCCACUCUGAAAAGACGAAAUGCUCAUGUGACAGAUCCCGAAGCAAUAAACGGAGACGACGUUUUCCUCUCAACGCAUCAACAAAAAAUCGCCCAGCACGUGAUUUACUCAGCUCUGACGUCACCGGGACCCACCACCGUAUCUGGAGAGAGACCCAGGACUGGGACAAUGCCAUCUAUUUCAGAAAAUGACAGAGCUGAGAUCGAGGCCAAGGAGGCGUGUGAUUGGCUGAGGGCUGCUGGCUUCCCACAGUAUGCGCAGCUCUACGAAGAUUCACUGUUCCCCAUCGAAAUCUCCUCCGUGACCAGGGACCAUGACUUCCUCGACCGGGAUGCCAUCGAGGCCCUGUGCAGGCGGCUCAACACCCUGAAUAAAUGUGCUGUGAUGAGGCUGGAAAUUACUCCACAGAGAAAACAAAGCGAGGACUCGGACGAGGAUGAGCCGUGCGCCAUCAGCGCCCGCUGGACCUUCCAGAGGCACAGCAAGCGCUGGUCCCGGCUGGACGAGCUGGACGUGUUCUCGCCCCCGGGCGAGCCCGCCCCCCCGCCGGCCGCGGAAGGUUCCGGCGCGGGGCUGAAGGUGGGCGUCAGCGCCGAGAGCGUGCUGAGCGACCUGAGCGAGCAGCCGGAGGUCAGCUCCCUGCACAGCCUGGGGAGCAGCACGGGGAGCCAGGGGGCGGCCUCCACCACCGCCUCCACCACCGCCCCCUCCACCGCCAGGGCCGACUCGGUGACCAGCGUCUGCUCCUCGGCCGGCUCGGGCCCCUGCGACGACCGCUCCUCCGAGGGCCCGCCCCCGCCCUCCUCGCCCAGGGAGGUGCCCGGCGUCCUGGCCGCCCUCAACGGCAAGCCGGGCGGCAAGAGCACGCGCUCCAAGGCCAAGAGCUUCCUGAAGCGGAUGGAGAGCCUGCGGCUGAAGAGCUCGCCCAGCAAGAAGAAGAAGGUCAUGUCCAAGCUGAUGAUCGGCGAGCCGGUGCUGCAGGAGGGCGUGGACCAGGAGAAGCUGCGCCGGCUCAACUGCGUGGAGAUCUCCAGCCUCAACGGGCCGGGGGGCGGGCCCAGGAGCCGCAGCGUGUCCUACUCCGGCCAGACCAGCGGCAGCAGCAGCAGCAGCAGCAGCCAAUCGGAGGCCGGCAGCAGCGCGGUCAGCACGCCCAGCCCCGUCACCCGGGCCCGGAGCCGAAGCGCCGUCGGCGGCAACAACAACAACAAGCGCGGCGGCAUGUACCUGGAGGGCUUCGACCCCUUCAGCCUGCUGCACCUGCAGCCCUCCCUGGAGGAGGAGGAGCCGGGCCAGGCCCCGGGGCCGGCGGGGGGCGACGCGGUGGCCCAGCAGAACCGCCGCAACCGGAAGGAAGCGGCGACGAAGGCGGCGGCGGCGGCGGACGAGGAAGAGGAGGAGGAGGAGGAGGAGGAGGUGAUCUUCUUCAUCCCCGAGGGCCACAAGCCCGGGACGUUCCCCAAGGCGCUCCGCAACGGCAGCCCCCGCCUCCGGCUGCGGCGGGGCAGCAGCGACGACAGCUCCAAGGGCUCCACCCGCCGAAACUCGGCCGGCUCCCUGGACAGCCGGCUCAGCUUCUACGACAACGUGCCGUCCCCGCUGCUCCUCCUGGACCGCGAGGAGGAGGAGGGGGAGGGCGAGGAGGAGGGGCAGGGGCGGGCCCGCUGCCCCAAGCUGGACGACAUCCUGCAGCACGUGCGCGGGCUGCAGCGCUUCGUCAGCGAGUGGUCGGAGCAGACGUGCGAGGAGGGGGGCGGAGACUCGGACUCGGCGCUGGACUCGGUCUCGCCGUGCCCCUCCUCGCCGCUCCAGAACCGCCUGGAGGAGGCAGAGAACGGCAGCGACCUGGACAGCACCGGCAGCCCCGCCGGCGAGCAGGACGAGGCGCUGGCCGCGCGCGAGAGGCGGGACUCCGGCGUGGGGGCCUCGCUCACCCGGUCCAACAGGCCUCAGAGGCUACGCUGGCACAGCUUCCAGAGCUCCCACCGGCCCAGCCUGUCCUCCGCGCUGCUCCAGAUCAACUGCCAGUCCGUCCUGCAGAUGAACCUCCUGCAGAAGUUCUCGCUCCUCAAGCUCACCGCCCUGCUGGAGAAGUACACCCCCACCAACAAGCACGGCUUCAGCUGGGCUGUGCCCAAGUUCAUGAAGAGGAUCAAGGUGCGCGACUACAAAGACCGGAACGUUUUCGGGGUCCCCCUCCAGGUGAACGUCCAGCGCAGUGGGCAGCCCCUGCCCCAGAGCAUCCAGCAGGCCAUGCGGUACCUACGCAGCCAGUGCCUGGACCAGGUGGGGCUGUUCCGGAAGUCGGGGGUGAAGUCGCGCAUCCAGGCGCUGCGCCAGAUGAACGAGGCGUGCGCGGACGGCGUGGGCGUCGGCUACGAGGGCCAGUCGGCCUACGACGUGGCCGACAUGCUCAAGCAGUACUUCCGGGACCUGCCCGAGCCGCUGCUCACCAGCAAGCUGUCCGAGACCUUCCUGCAGAUCUACCAGUACGUGCCCAAAGACCUGCGUCUCCAGGCCAUCAAGGCGGCAACGCUGCUGCUGCCCGACGACCACCGGGAGGCGCUGCAGACGCUGCUCUUCUUCCUCAGCGACGUCACCGCCAACGUGGCGGAGAACCAGAUGACCAGCACCAACCUGGCCGUGUGCCUGGCGCCCUCCCUCUUCCACCUCAACACCCUGAAGAGGGAGAACUCCUCCCCCAGGGUGAUGCACAGAAAGCACAGCCUCGGAAAGCCGGACCAGAAGGACCUGAACGAGAACCUGGCCGCCACCCAGGGGCUGGCGCACAUGAUCGCCGAAUGCAAGAAGCUCUUCCAGAUUCCCGAGGAAAUGAGCCGCUGCAGGAAUUCCUACAUGGAGCAGGGCCUGCACCCGCCCAGGCUGGAGGAGCUGGGAGAGGCCGGCCCGGACCAGGCCCCCGGGUUCAGGGCCUUCCUGAAGGAGGGCCUGGACAGCCUGCUGAAGGAGGCCAGGGACAAGUUUAAGGGCUACGACAGCUACUCCACCCCGGAGCAGACCGAGCUGGCCUGCAAGAAGGUGCACGACGGAUACCCGCUGCGCGUGUGGAAGGCUACGGCGGAGGUCCCGGCCGCCCCGGAGGAGGUUCUGACCCGGCUCCUGCGGGAGCAGCACCGCUGGGACGAGGACCUGCUGGAGUCCAAGGUGGUGGAGAACCUGGGCGGCCAGACGGAGGUCUACCAGUACGUCCAGAACAGCAUGGCGCCGCACCCCACCCGCGACCACGUGGUACUGAGAAUGUGGGCGACUGAUCUGCCCAAGGGUGCGUGCGCAAUAAUCGCCAAGUCGGUGGACCACGACGGGGCGGCGCAGAUGGGCGUGCGGGUCAACGUGCUGACGUCGCGCUACUUCAUCGAGCCCUGCGGGUCCAACAAGUCGCGGCUCACCUACAUCUGCAGGACGGACUGCAGGGGGCGCUGUCCAGAAUGGUACAACAAGAUGUUUGGGCACACGUGUGCGGCCGAGGUGGGGCGAAUAAGAGACUCCUUCACCAGUCAGCCCGAAAAAUGAGCGAAGCAGCGGGAGAGAGGCCCGCGUGUUCCACGGCCGCCGUCACGCCGAGCGACUCCGCCCCCUAUCCGCCGUCACGCCAAGUGACUCCGCCACCUUGGACUUGGACCUGGGCGCUUCUGCGUCGCCAUGGGCAACGUUGGGAGGGGGCACGGGAGGGGGUUGUGGCCGCUUCUGGGAAGCGACAGAACAGACUGGAACGUGUGCGCGGUGAACACGUUUUUGUGAACGCUCGGAUACCGUAUGUGAACGCUUUAUUUGGGAUUUCCAGCGUGGAAAAGCAGAGGUCGCGGUGCGUUGCGACUGCACCACCGCGCGUUGGUUUGGGUGGUGUGGACGGUGCCUGAGAGGAGUUGCGUGGAACAGAGGAAGACACGCCUGCUUGUUAUCCAAGAUGGCGUCCAGCAGCGGUAACCAAACCUGCUCCUGGAGAUCUACCAUCCUGUAUGUUUUCACUCCAGCCCAAAGUAGCACACUUCCUUCAACAGCUUUUGUUAAAAUGCUAAUUAUCAGAAUCGGGUGUGCCAGAUUAGGGUUGAAAUGAAAACCUACAGGACAGUAGAUCUCCAGGAACAGAGUUGGUUAACACUGGUUUGGAGGAACGCAGGCUAGGUUGGGGUGGCUGGGUCACCAUUAGAUUAGAAGGUAAUGCAGAGUUUAUAAUCCUCAAGAUUAUAAUCCCCCCUGUAUGUGAAAAGCAAGAAGGACCAAAGUUUUACAGUUUACUCUUGUAAACUCUUACAAUUUAAGAUCGCAAGACAAGAGCAAAAUUGUAUUCGGUCUCAUCAGGAAUUGCACAAAGAGCGUUGUUUGGGAAUGUAAUUUUGUUUCUAAAGACAAUCCACAUUUUAUACGUUCGCACCGAGCCACUUGGUGUUCAUAAGCAUUGAAUAUACAUUAAUGUCAUUACAAUACAUCAAACUAUAGUAGAGUAUCUACAUUUUACAUCACAUCUACGGCCCUUUACAUAAGUACUGAUUUAUUUCUCUUCAGCAUGGCGAGGAAGACAGUGAGUUGUGCUUUUAGAAUGUUUUACAAACGUGCAGCCCAAUAAAAAUAAAUAAAAAUAGAAUAUCCAUGAUUAUAAUCUGCUUGAUAUUAGAACAAAGUUGAGAGACAGAGGAGGCGGUCUAAUAAGCAUCUCUGUAAUUACUGGUUUUUAAAUUCUAAUGAAUCGGUCCUUUUAUAAAGGUGAUUUUAUACAGGUUUUACUGUAAAACACAAAGAUGUAGAAAAAAUAAAGAUAUUGUAUCUAAUUUAAGGUGAACAGCCAAAUGGCAAUGUACAAUCAUGUCAUUAAAAGAAGGAAAGUACUUUAUGUAUGCUUCUUACAUACCUGUUUCAGUGUUACAUAAAAUAUGAAGUUAAAAUGAAAAGAAUUCAUAAGCUUUUUAAAAAAAUACAUUUUCAGAUUCUGCAAAAAAUAUUGUUAAAUAUACAAUAAAUUUUCUGUACAUACUGUGUAUUCCAAAUGUACACUUUAACUGUAUACUGCCAAAUGAGAAUAAUGCAUGACAAUAAAUAUUAAUUUAACAUAUUCAUGUAUUUAUACCUCAGAUAUGUUUUGUAUCUUGUGUCCUUUUACUGUAAAUGUUGUGUGAAAGGUAUGGUGAAUAAAUGUUUUAUCAUUUGUAUUAUUUCUGUACAGACUGUCAACAUUAAAUGCACUAUUAAAUGUGUCAAAAUGAGAA